UUCACUUCAUAUAAACUCUAUUUUUUUCUUAAUUCCAACCAAUUUUUAAUUGCAAAUAGAUGGCGAUAAUUUGCUCGAGGCUCGAGACUGAGCUGAGGCUGGGGCUCCCCGGUGGUGGCGGUGUGAAGGAGAAGAAGAGGGUGUUUUCUGAUAUUUGCGGCGAGGAGGGGAAGGAGGAGGGGAGGAAGAAUCAGGUGGUGGGGUGGCCGCCGGUGUGCUCGUACCGACGGAAGAAUGGGUGUGGGAUGAAAAUGUAUGUCAAAGUUAGUGUGGAUGGAGCUCCCUUUCUGAGGAAGAUUGAUUUGAGUAAUUAUAAAAAUUAUUCUGAUCUUGUUAGGGCUCUUGAAGAGCUCUUUGGAUGCUUUGGGAUUGGAGAAGCAUUGAAAGAUGCAGAAAAUUGUGAGUACGUUCCCAUCUAUGAAGACAAAGAUGGAGAUUGGAUGCUUCUUGGAGAUGUACCUUGGGAGAUGUUUGCAGAGUCCUGCAAAAGGCUGAGGUUGAUGAAGAGAUCAGAUGCUAAGAGAAUCGCAAAAGACCUUCUCAAGGGACUUAAAAUUCUCACCUCCAACAUCAGAAAUACCAAACAGCGAAAUAUUAUGUCGACGGUAAAAGGAAGCGAUCGGCUGGAAUCUGAAUAUUCCGGCGGCCUCAAGACGGAGCUCACCCUCGCACUCCCCGGUGGUGGCGCGAACCGUGGCUUCGCGGAGACGGUGGAUUUGAGUCUGGAAAACAGCUCUGAAGAUGAAUCAAGUGUCGUUACGCAAUCUGAUUCUUCUCCAGAGAAUCAGGUUGUGGGGUGGCCACCAGUGAGAUCAUACAAAAAGAAGGUGAUGAAAAAAAGCAGCAAAUUUGUGAAGGUGGCACUGGAUGGUGUUCCAUACCUUAGAAAAAUUGAUCUUCAACUUCACAAUAGCUAUCAAGAACUAUUGGGUGUGUUUGAGGACAUGUUUACAUUCUUGACCAUAUUUGUGAAUGAGAGAAAGAUGGUGGAUUCUUCAAAUGGCUUAGAAUAUGUGCCAACCUAUGAAGACAAAGAUGGAGAUUGGAUGUUAGUUGGAGAUGUUCCUUGGAAAAUGUUUGUUGAAUCAUGCAAGAGGUUGAGGUUGAUGAAAAGCUCUGAGGCCAUUGGAUUAGUAUGAUAAGUGGCUGGAUGUGAGGAAGAAUUAUUUGCUCCAAACCAUAUUUUAAUUUCUAUGAAUAUUUACAUUGUUUUGUUAUUUUUAUUAGAGCAGUUCCAAAGCAUCAUCAAGUGCUUGAUAUAGAAGUGGUUCUUGGCAACUUUUGUUGAAAUUUGCUUGUAUAGAUGAAAAUAACUUUGUAAUGAGAUAUAGUUUAGUUUUGGAUUAAUAAUGAUUAAUUAGCAUAAAUGAUUUGGAAUAA